AUGGACGAUCUAUAUUCACUAGAUGUGCGCCAGGACUCACAUCUCCCGUCCCCAAAAUGUGUGUCAUUCCAAUUGGGGCGUCCGACUUCCAUUGCUGGCUCAGUUGGCGGGAUGAAGGCUCGUGGCGAUGCUCUUGCCGGUUGAGCUGUGUACAGUGUCUGGCAUAGAACUUCCAUAGAAGACUCCAUGGAUCGGACAUAUCACUGAUACGUCCAAUGCUGAAGUCUUAUCGCGGUCGAGGACAGCACAGCCAUCAUUAGAACCAAACCACAACCUCAGGUAGGCUUUCAAUAGCGAGGACUGGCAUUAUACUUGCUCUAAGGGUAUCUCUGCAUGUUAUGCUUUCUUUUUUUUUACGAGGAUGAACAUUGAUCAGAAUUAAAAACAGGUCAACGAUAAUGAAAGCGCUUCCUCAAGAACUCGUCGACAUAAUUAUUGACUUUUUACACAACGACAAGAGUACGCUGAAGUCAUGCUCUGAAGUAUCUCGAACCUGGGUCGAUUCCGCUUCCUUACAUCUUUUCGCUCGUGUUAGUCCUCUUUGGCGUCCACCAUACACUGACAGUCUAGCCACGUUUGCUGUCAAACUGAAGUCUUCACUGCGUCUACAGAGAUACGUCAAAUGUCUAGAGAUCAAGUACUACAAACCACAAUAUAACGGCGUGCAAGCUCCGAAUCCCAUUGCAAAGAAACCUCCGAUCCCUUUGGAAACUCUCUUCCUCGCAUUGCAGAAUUUUCCACAUUUAGAGCGGUUGAUAUGCGGAGAUAUUGAACUGUUCUCGAUUUCAGGCGGUCAAUCUGCGAUGACGGAGCUGCGCCAGCUACCAACUGUCCGACUUUUGGGCACAAAGUUCUCCGUGGUAGGGUCAACCUCGUCCAUUGGCAACUUCUUCGGACGAUUUCGUUCAGUCGAGACCCUUUUCCUGUCCAAUAUCAAGUUCGACCCUCGCGACACCUCCUUAUUUUUACCGUCCACCACGAAGGUCCAAGCUCCAACUGUGGUUGCAACGUCGCCGAACGUAGCGGACUUGUUUAUCAUCUUGCGGAAUACUGUCCACCUACCAAGUGUCGUGUCAUGUGGAUUAAGUAUCUUCACGCUCGAUGAUAUUCCAAUCGUAGGCGCAUUCCUUGAGGCCCAUCUUCGACGUAUUAUCGUGCUAGAACUGAACUUGCUGAAUUUCUCAGAGUGGUCGGAAGACGGUACACAGCCCUCAUGGCAUCGUUUGGAGCUCCCUAAGCUCUCUCAGGUCAACGCUCUCAUCCUCAAUACCUCAUUCACCUCAGGAACAUUGGACCAAAACGACUUUGGUUGGUUAGCUAUCCCUUCUAUAGUAUUCACCCUCCCGUCAACCUCUUCAUUAUCUUCAAUACGCAUUCAUGUCCUUCUUUCGGACCUCGGACCUCGAGGGCUUUCGUCACUGCAAAGAUUCAUUUGGAGUGAAUUCAAUAGCGCAUUAGCUAGACUACGGGGCCUCAAGGAAGUCAUUUUUGCCCUUCAUGUCUUGGUAUCAAAGAAUCGUGUCUCCUCAUGGGCAGCUGUCGUGCUGCUAUUGCAAAGUGCCUUGCAGGAUGUCCAGGAACGAGGCAUUCUGCAAGUAGAGCUCUGCUGGUGCUCGAGCUCUGGAGUUUCUCAGGGGUUCUCCCCUUGGCUUCUCAGAAAUGCGUGACGUGCGCCCCGCAUUUUUCAUUUUCCACGCUAAUGUACUGAUGAUUUGAUUGUGAACGCAGCAACACUUUCAGAAUUACGUCCACUGGUUUAAAACGUAUCUAUGCAAUGUAGGACAGUGUUUACCGUGCUAUGCCAUGAUGAGAAUGAUCGGUAAUUAAGAGGCACACCUAGGGAAGGGAGGGCAAGGAGGAAAGCUAGUCGUUGAUGAAGCAGAUUUCUUUAUAAUUAUAAAGCCUUAAGUUUCUUGUUCUCCGAGUAUCAGGCUUGCUGGGCAAAGCCGAUGUGUUUCUGUCGCAUACUAGUAUAUCUCACUGCAGUAUAAUUGUUCUUCUUUCGAAUACAGAUACCAACUGUCACGAAGACGUAUUUGCCC